GUGGCUCAUUUUUGCAGAAACGUGGGAGUGAUUGAUGAAUCAAGAGUGGAUAGAUAAGGUCCUUAUCUACUCUUGAUUAAAUCAAUGUAAAAAUGGCUAGUAUUCUGUCUCAUCUUCACUUCUGGACACUACAGCCACUCUCUCCUUCUCUCUCUUCUGCAGUAGGUCACAAUAUUUCCGUUCAUUCUUAUCAGCCAAAGAGUACAGGAGCAAGUGCUAAAGUUGAUGUGGAGUCAUGUAGACGAUAUUGGUCAGAAGGACGAGGUAUUUCAUGGUAUCUUACCAACCACAAGCCGAUGAAGCUUCGUGACACACUAAGAGAAGUUGAGGAGAUGCUUGUAUCUGAAAAAAUUGUGACAGUCCAAUGGAAAACACUUCGACAUCUUGUGAUACUUCUUGAUAGCGGCACUAUAAUCGUCUUUACUGUUGCUAAACAUUGUGGGGACAUAGAGAGCAUAAUCAUAGAUCGAUCAAUCAUCCAGAAACUAAAUGGAAAAAUUAACAGAGCUCUCAUAUUGUCAGGGUCACUAGUAAUACUCUACAAUGAUGGAAGCAAGGUUCAUUACUUCAGUCCUUGUAGGAGGUUGAGUACUACUGAUUCACCGACGGCCAUUACUCUCUCGCACGACAAACUCAAGAAAAGAAUAGAGAAACUUGGAACAAUAGAUCUGAAGGCUUUUGAACUUGAUGUGAAAGGUCUUCCCGAUCAUCAGAUAGACCGUCACAUGUGUACCAACCCACAGCAAGAUCUACUGGUCGUCUGGUGGUGCGAUUUACAGGACAGUGGUCUACGAUGGUCAUCAAUGGCGGCAGGAGAACACACCAAUAUGGUCCUGAUUAAACUGAAAGGUAAUGGAAAGGCUGAAAUUCUUACUAAACUACAAACAAAAUGUCAACCAACCGCAGUGUUCUUUAGUAAGACUAGUGGUCAGACACUGUACGCUUUUGGUCAGUCAUUGCCUGAUGAUGAGUCAGUGGCAGCUGCUAGUGAUGGAGCCAAAUCAUUUGAAUAUGAAGUCUCUCUCAUUGAUUGCAGCGAUAGAAAAAAUGUCCGACAAUCUUCGUCGCUUUACUCUAUUGAGAAUACGUUUUGCAGCGAAGCACAAGUUAAAGUCUGCUCACCUAAUAACGACGAAAGCUUACUAGCAGCUGGAUGUGAAUCUGGAUUGAUUAUAAUGUUUGAUAUAAAGAGAGAUCAAGUGAAGAAAGCAAAAUCUUAUUUUUUAUCCAUAUCUCAUAUCUCAUGGCACCCAGCUGGAGCUAUUGUUUUUGUUUGUGGUAGUCGUGGCGAGAUACAGUGUCUUGAUUGUGCCCUAAACCCUCUCUCCUUCCUACUCACUAGUGACGUAGUGACUGAUAUUAGUACCACACCUCUACUGCAGAUUGGAUCUCACUGCUUGGUUCCUGUACAAUUAGAACAUGCAGGGUGGGCGUCAGUCUCCAGAGAGGGGGAGGGGCACAGCGGUUGCUAUGACAACUUUGCGAUGGUGUUUUCCCAAGGUCCUAUAGUACUAAUGAGGAUAGAGCUGGGAGUAUACAGCAAAGGAAAACUGACAGUUUGUGAAUUAAUGAUGGAGUAUCUGAGACACAAGCAAUUGCAUCAGUGUGUUGAGUUGAUAUUGUCUUUAAAUUGGGAAUUGAGUCCUCAGAAUUGCUUCAACUGUCUCAGUCUCUUUAUGGAUCACUUACUGACACUCAAUCCUUCAACUGAAAAUGAAGAGCUAAUGGAAUCAGCUCUUGGUAGUUUCUUUGCCAGUGGCCUCUCUCAGUCAAUACUAAAUGAAUACCGGGCUCCAGUUCACCUAAUGGCCAGGAGAUUCUUCUUUCAACUUCUUAGAAGCUCUCGUUUCCAAAAAGCUUUCAGCUUAGCAGUUGAACUGUCUUCUAGAGAUUUAUUUAUGGAGUUGCAUCAUACUGCUCAGUUACAUAAUGAGACAACACUGGCUGAGCUGUCAUUAAAAAAGGCAGAAAUUCUGGCAAAUAGAGAAAAGGAAAGACGAAAGAAGCUAAGCGAAAGCAGUGACAGUAGCAAGGGGGCGUUGCCUAAAACUUUGCCCUCUAAAUAUAAUCCAAUCAUUACUGAUAAUGACAGGGUUAUACUCAAUCCUUCAGUGCUGGCUGAGUCACCAGAAAAGGAAGGAAGGAUUAUACUUGAGAGCUCUACGGAAUCUGACAGAGGAGGAGAAAAGAGAAGAGGGAAGCUCACCUCAUCCACGGAGAGUUCCUCAAGCUCAUCAAGCAAAAAAACUGGAGCAGCUGGUGGUGCUGUCCCUUGGACAUCUGCUAAAGGAGAAGCAGUGAAUGUGAUAAAUUUUGGAUAUUUUUAAAUAUUUUUAAUCAUCACUCAUCAGUCAUUAAUAAGUCAAUUUUUAUAUUCUUUUUUUUUAAUUUUUUCUC